GGUGGAUAGUGAUGGUGACGACUGAUGAAUGUGAAAUGUAAAAAUAUCUUUUUUUAGGAUAUCCAAUUAUUUUUGUUGAUAAUCACUUCCAAAUCCGCAGCAUAGUUGCCGGUCACUCCGUCCUUACUGUUCGAUUGCCUGUCGAAAGCUUCUCAAUCCGUAAGAGGCAAAAGAAAUGGCUAAGGUUGGGGGGAGCAGUUUAAGAUGGUCGCUUUCAGGCUUGACUGCUCUUGUUACUGGGGGCACUCGCGGGAUUGGGCAUGCUGUGGUGGAGGAAUUGGCUGAAUUUGGCGCUACAGUACAUACGUGUUCGAGGAAUGAAACAGAGUUGAACGAGCGCUUGCAGGAAUGGGCAUCAAAGGGUUACAAAGUUACCGGUUCGGUUUGUGAUGCAUCUUCCAGGGAACAAAGGGAGCAGCUCAUGGAGAAAGUCUCCUCUGUUUUCGAUGGCAAACUUAACAUUCUUAUAAAUAAUGUCGGGACAAACAUUAGGAAACCAACAGCUAACUACACGGCUGACGAGUACUCCAAGCUCAUGGCUACGAACUUGGAAUCAGCAUACCAUCUUUGUCAGCUUGCUUAUCCACUCCUGAAAGCAUCUGGAGUUGGUAACGUUGUGUUCAUCUCUUCUGUUGCUGGUUUGGUGCACAUAUUUUCUGGAUCCAUUUAUGGUGCAACUAAAGGUGCAAUGAAUCAACUUACAAAAAAUUUGGCUUGUGAGUGGGCAAAAGACAAUAUUCGAGUUAAUUGUGUUGCACCGUGGUAUAUCAGGACGUCACUUGUGGAACAUUUGCUCAGCAAUAAGGAGUUUAUGGACUGCAUAAAAUCUAAAACUCCUCUUGGACGCGUUGGAGAACCAAAGGAAGUCUCAUCCUUAGUAGCUUACCUUUGUCUUCCUGCGGCAUCAUACAUAACUGGGCAGAUUGUUGCUGUAGAUGGAGGAAUGACGGUUAAUGGAUUUACUUUGCCAGAAUCUUCCUUUUCUUGAAGAACUAUCUCUGGUAUUCUCUUAUUCAACUUGUGUUCACUCCUUAUGAUUGGGUAAUGCUGGUGUAGUGUAUUGAAAGCCACUUUGAUUCCGUAAAUCUUGAAUAGUUGAAUACUGGUUUUUUUUUUUUUUUGAAAAGGGUUACAUCUCUCAGUCUUCAAGUAAGUUAGUACUACUUACUCAAAUUUUUGUGUUCUAUUAAAAUGCAAUAAGCACGAAGUUAAGUGUUCGAGAAGAAUAUCAAUUUCGGUUUCUUGUUGCAAAAAUUAUAUGUUCAUCAUUUCUGUAGCUGAAUCCUGAGGCUGCUUAUUUCAGAAGCACUCAAAACCUUAGAAUUAAGUCAAGCCUAUCGGUUUCUCUCCAACUCCCAAAGCCCAAUAGACUCUAGAUUGUCUUCUCUGGCCGUGUCUCUUGGCGUUGCGGAAAUGUUUGGAAUCAGCUGUGGUUUGAUGAUUUUCCUGAAAUUAGAUCACAUCUCACAGGAGGGUUAUUAGGUGGUGAUACGGAUUAAAUGUAGUGAAGGUAGAGAGUGAUUUAGGUAAUCAUUACGAUCCGCUAAUCAUGAGAAGCCCUAAUGGGAAUGAAAGAAUGGGCAUAUCAAUUUCUUCAGGUUUACCACAUUGGACAGGAAGUUCGAAGAACAGCUUAAUGAUACUUCCCUAUUGCCAUUUGGGUUAAGAAGAUGAAGAGAGAUGCUCAGGACAUCAUCAGUAAGGUCAUUGUUACCUUACUGUGAUCACAACAAUUGUAGGAGGAUUCUUCAUAAUGAAACCACUGAAAUCAGAGUUGCUGGGGGCAACAUGAUGAAUAUUUGACUGUGAGCAAAUUGAUCACAACAAAUUGCGCGCUUUCUUGAUGGACAUCAAAAUGAUGCCUUAACAUGCAAAAAUUUGUAAUGUAACAGGAUAAGACGUUGAUUAAUGAACAAACUAUCAUGUUACACUCCAUCCACCCAAAUGCAGAACGAAUGAUUACCUAACACGGCAAUAAUCAAAUGUCGGAAACUAAAACAAAAACGUAAAUCUUUCAAACUAAUAAAUACUAAGUAGUAUUUUUUUUUCGAUACAGUACGAUACAAGAAAGUGAAAAAUAUACUACUACUAGAUUUGGACACGAGAAGUGGUCGAGUUCUUUCUCCGUUCCGGGUUAAUUCAGGGCGAUUUCAUUGUUUGGUCG